CUCGGCAUUCGGCCAUUCGUAAGCAGUAACACCAGCAAGACACAUCAGUAGCAAUGUCUUCCAAUAGUAGAAGACAAAAUAAUUAUUUAUCAUCAUCGUCGUUGUGUUCCAGUGAAUGUUACAAAUAUUAAUUUGAGUGAAAAAGGUUACUCGAGGGCAACACAAAUAAAUUACAUAUAAUAAAGACGCGGGUUUUUUGUCUUGUCUAUUUUUUAACGACCGUCUCUCUCACUUGGCCACGCUGACUUUUCACGAUACGCCGCCACCGCUGCUGAUAGUUUACAGUUUACUUACACUACCUCGAUAUAGGUUGCGAAAUUAAAUUACUCUUUUGAUGGUGAAAGCUAUUGGGUUUGCUGCUUGUGAAGAAAACUUGAUCAGUUAAAUUGUUGAUUUAUUUAUCGGAGAGAACUGGGAUAAAGGUUAAUCACGAAGAUGGAGAAUAAUUCUAUGGACCAGUUUUGCGGCUCUACAUUUUGGGAUUCAAACUUAACUUGGUACACCGAGGACCCAGAGAUAACGCCGUGUUUUCAAAAAUCGGUGCUGGUAUGGGCACCGUGCAUAUUCCUCUGGGUAUUUUCGUUGCUGGAAACGUAUUAUCUGAUAAACAGCAAAAGAAAAAAUAUUCCUUAUACCUGGAAGUUUAUUUCCAAAGGAGUACUUACAAUUGUUCUUAUAGUACUUAGUGUUGUUGAUUUAGCAGUAGCGAUACAUAAUAGCAAUUAUACGACAGUUUUCAAUGUUGACUAUUACACGCCGUUUAUUAAAAUCAUUACCUUUGGUUUAGCAUUAUUAUUGAUGCAUUACAAUAGGAAAUGUGGGAUGCGAACUUCUGGAUUGUUGUUUUUGUUUUGGUUCUUAUUGGCCUGUUUUGGUGCCGUACAAUUCAGAAGUCUUAUCAGGGAUUAUAAUAAUCAACCUGAGCUGCCUUACUCUUUUGUAUCAUACAUGAUAUAUUAUCCAGUGGUAUUGGUAUUACUAUUGCUCAAUUUUCUUGUGGAUGCAGAGCCGAAAUUUUCGCGAUACGGGCAGGUGGAAAGGCCAUGUCCGGAGCAAGCUGCGUCGUAUCCAUCAAGAAUAUUGUUCGCUUGGUUCGAUGCACUGGCGUGGAAGGGUUUCAAAAAGCCCUUGACUACCUCUGACUUGUGGUCAAUGAACCCGGAGGAUACGGCAGCGGAAAUCGUUCCUAAGUUCAAUAAAUACUGGACGAGAAAUAUUCAAAAAUGCGACAACCAGGGUACCAAGGCCUCAUUUCGCAAAGCCUCGGGCCAGGUCGACUUCGACAGUACCCGGAAGAGAAAAGUCGCGUCUGUUAUUAUACCUCUAUACAAAAUAUUUGGUCCAACUCUUCUUUUUGGCGGGUUACUUAAAUUAUCACAGGAUAUAAUGACGUUUAUCAGUCCUCUAGUAUUAGGAUUACUUAUAAACUUUGUAUCAGGAAAAGAAGAAAUGUGGAAGGGUUAUUUUUAUUCCGUUCUUCUUCUGCUAACAGCAAUAUCUCAAACAUUAGUCUUGUCGCAGUACUUCAACCGAAUGUUUAUCGUGGGCAUGAGAAUGCGCACAGCCCUUGUCGCGGCUAUUUAUCGUAAAGCGCUCAGAAUGUCAAAUGCCGCACGUAAAGAAUCAACAGUGGGUGAAAUAGUUAAUUUGAUGUCCGUGGAUGCGCAACGAUUCAUGGACUUGAUGCCCUACAUCAACAUGAUCUGGUCAGCGCCUUUGCAAAUCGGAGUUGCGCUUUACUUCCUCUGGGGUGAGCUAAAUGCUGCUGUUUUUGCUGGUCUAGCUGUCAUGAUUGUUCUUAUUCCAAUAAACGCUUUUAUCGCCAAUAAAGUCAAGACUUUGCAGAUAAAACAAAUGAAGAGCAAAGACGAGAGAGUCAAACUUAUGAAUGAAGUAUUAAACGGCAUUAAAGUACUUAAAUUAUAUGCAUGGGAGCCGUCGUUUGAGCAGCAAAUUUUGAAAAUAAGAAGUAAAGAAAUAAAAGUCCUCAAAGAAGCGGCUUACCUCAACGCGGGAACAAGUUUUAUAUGGUCCUGCGCUCCGUUUUUAGUUUCUUUCGUGUCAUUUGCUACCUAUGUCUACAUUGACCCGGCAAAUGUCCUGGACAGCAAGAAAGCUUUUGUGUCUUUGAGUUUAUUCAAUAUCCUGCGGUUCCCGCUGUCGAUGCUACCCAUGGUAAUAAGCAACUUUGUACAGGCGAUGGUUUCUAUCAAGCGAAUAAAUGCAUACAUGAAUGGGGAAGAAUUAGAUCCAAAUAACGUUCAACAUGAUCAGUCAGAAUUACACCCAUUGAUAAUUGAGAAUGGGACUUUCAUCUGGGACUCGGAGACUUCGGACAAGCCUACGUUGAAGAACAUAAACCUCCAAGUGCAGCAAGGACAGUUGGUGGCUGUUGUGGGGACAGUUGGAUCGGGUAAGAGUUCACUGAUAUCGGCUUUCCUUGGAGAAAUGGAACGAAUAAGCGGAAGAGUCAACACCAAAGGAUCAAUAGCUUACGUUGCUCAGCAAGCAUGGAUCCAAAACGCAACUUUGCAAGACAAUAUUUUAUUUGGGAAACCCAUGGACAAAGCUCUGUAUGCCAAAGUAAUUGAUGCGUGUGCUCUUGGUCUGGAUAUCAAAAUGCUGCCGGCUGGAGAUCAAACGGAAAUCGGCGAGAAAGGAAUAAAUUUAUCUGGUGGGCAAAAACAAAGAGUUGCUCUUGCUCGGGCUGUUUACACUGACUGCGAUAUUUAUUUUCUUGAUGAUCCUCUCAGUGCCGUUGACUCUCAUGUCGGAAAGCAUAUUUUUGAAAAUGUCAUUGGACCCAGUGGUUUGCUAAAAAAAAAGACACGUGUGCUUGUAACUCAUGGUAUUACUUACUUGCCGGAAAUCGAUAAUAUUGUUGUGUUAAAAGACGGCGAGAUAACGGAAAGCGGGACAUACAAACAGUUGAUGGAAAAACGAGGAGCUUUUGCUGAUUUUCUUAUUCAACAUCUUCAAGAAGUUAAGCCUGAGGAUGUGCCGGAAACUGAGCUGACGGAAAUUAAACAGCAACUUGAGUCGACUAUCGGACCAGAAGAACUUCAACAGAAAUUAACAAAAGCACGAUCUAGAUUGUCGAUCACUCACAGCGAGUCUGGAUCCAUUGAUCAGAAAUCAUUGACCGGUUCUUUACACAGACAACAAUCCAUAGACAGUCAAAAAUCGGUUAAUAUCAUGCGCAGUUCUAGCAUCAAGGAUAAUUCACUUACCGUCAAAGCCGGUGAGAAAAUAAUUGAAGCUGAAAAAACAGAAACCGGAAGUGUAAAAUUACGUGUCUACGCUCAUUAUUUAAAAUCAAUCGGUUGGUUUUUGUCAAUAUCGACAAUAAUAAUGAACGCCAUUUUCCAAUCGUUCAGUAUUGGAUCAAACAUCUGGAUCAGUGACUGGUCUAAUGACAAGACAGUUGUUGUCAAUGGAACAGUUGAUGACACUAAAAAACUUACGUAUGUCUCUGUGUACGGAGCUCUAGGUCUAGGUCAAGCGAUUUUUGUGCUUGUGGCACAGCUGAUUUCGGCUGUUGGCUGUCUGCGAAGCAGUAAAACGCUGCAUGAUGAAUUAUUAUCUGGCGUACUACGUUUACCUAUUGGAUUUUUCGAUACGACGCCGUCUGGCAGACUAUUAAAUCGUUUUGGCAAGGACGUUGAUGUUGUCGACAAUGUAUUACCGAUGAAUCUUAGAACAUGGUUACUUUGCCUCGCAGGGGUACGUAUUUUGUCAAUCCUUAUAUCGGUAAAUUUGGCAAUAGGAUCAGUUAGAGCAUGCGUUAAAAUGUUUCAACAAUUAUUGGUGCAAGUGCUACGCAAUCCUAUGUCAUUUUUUGACAGCACACCGGCAGGUCGUCUGUUGAAUCGGUUUGGUAAAGAUACAGACGUCGUUGACAAUAUUAUACCAAUUAAUCUACGAUCUUGGCUAAAUUGUUUUUUCUCGGUGAUUGCUACACUUGUAGUAAUAAGUUACAGUACUCCGAUAUUUAUAUCGGUGAUAGUACCUAUUGGUGUCAUUUAUUAUUUCAUUCAACGUUUUUACGUUGCGACGUCACGUCAAUUAAAACGUUUAGAAUCAGUAUCCAGAUCUCCUAUUUAUUCUCAUUUUGGUGAAUCCAUAACAGGUGCUCAAACAAUACGUGCAUUUAAUGUACAAGAAAGAUUUAUCUAUGAAUCAGAACGUCGAGUUGAUUUCAAUCAAAUUUGUUACUACCCAAGUAUUAUAAGUAAUAGAUGGCUGGCGGUGAGAUUAGAAAUGUUGGGCAACAUGAUAAUAUUUUUUGCCGCAAUAUUUUCUGUACUUGGAAGAGACUCAUUGAGUCCUGGUCUUGUUGGUCUGUCAAUUAGUUACGCACUUCAGAUAACGCAGACAUUAAAUUGGCUCGUGAGAAUGACAUCAGACGUCGAGACAAAUAUCGUCGCUGUUGAAAGAAUAAAAGAGUACGGAGAGACACCACAGGAAGCCGCAUGGGAAAUUCCUAGUACGGCUCCACCAAAAGAUUGGCCUUCAGAAGGCUGCGUCGAGUUUCGUGACUACAAAGUCCGCUACCGAGAGGGUCUCGAUCUUGUGCUCAACGGGAUAAGUUUUGCCGUGAACGGCGGCGAGAAGAUUGGAAUUGUCGGCCGUACCGGAGCCGGCAAAUCUUCUUUGACGUUGUCGCUAUUCAGAAUAAUUGAGGCCGCUGGAGGUAAAAUAUUCAUCGACGGCAUCGACAUAUCCGAGCUCGGUCUCCAUGCAUUGAGAUCAAGGCUCACAAUUAUUCCUCAGGACCCAGUUCUCUUCUCAGGCACUCUGCGUCUCAAUUUGGAUCCCUUUGACUCACACACUGAUGAACAAAUUUGGCAGGCGCUCGAACACGCGCACUUGAAAACGUUUGCCAAAACUCUUCCCAAUGGACUCAUGUACUCGGUGUCCGAGGGCGGGGACAAUUUGAGCGUCGGUCAGCGGCAAUUAAUUUGUUUGGCUAGAGCUCUAUUAAGAAAAACUAAAAUUCUCAUACUGGAUGAGGCUACUGCUGCUGUGGAUCUAGAGACAGACGAUCUUAUUCAACAGACUAUCAAAGAAGAAUUUAAAGACAGUACUGUUCUUACUAUUGCUCACAGACUCAAUACAAUCGUUGAUUCGGACAGGGUAAUUGUUUUAGAUAAAGGAGUUAUAACAGAGUUCGAUAAACCGGAAGUUUUAUUGCAAACACCGACCAGCGCAUUUCACAGUAUGGCUAAAGACGCCGGAAUGGUCGCGUAAUUUAUCAAUAAAUUUUAAUUAAUAUUAUUUUUUAUCAUUAAAUAAAUAUUUUUAUUCACCAAAAAAACGCACACUCCAUUUCUUCAGUGCGUUGGUAACAGAUGAGAUAUUUCACACAGCAUAUGAAGAAAGUAUUAAAUUUAAAAUACUCGGCGAAUUAAUUUUAAAAAAUAUUUAAAUCAAAAUUGUCAUUGUAUUUAAAUUAUAAAUUUAACCUCAGCCGUUUAACUUAAAUAGGCCAGAUUGCUACUUAACCGAAAGUUAUUACAUUGACUACUGCCAAUCUAGUAAUUAAAAAAAUUAACUACUUAAUUAAUUAAUUAAUAUUAUUGUUUAAUAAUCUAUCACUGAGAUUUCAAAUAAUUAGUCUGUCUUGUUUUUAUUAUUGUUAUCACUUCAAUUGUCUUUUAUUGCCGACUAUGUAUAAUUUUAUAUUUAUUUAUAAUUUUUAUUUGUAUACUUACUUUUUUUUGUAAUUUAUAAUUAUCGAAAAAAUAUCACGAACUAGGGAUAGAUUGUCAUAAAUUUGUUUUAUUUUUGGUAUAAUAUAAAUUAUUAUUACAAUGCACAUUUUGCCUUUUAUCAAGUGAUAAAAUAAGAAUUUUUAAGUACAAUCUAGUAAUAAUUGAAAUUUAUGGGCAUUCUCAGAUAGUGCCUCCACUUUUUAAAAUUUUAAAUUAAGUGUCAAAAUUUUAUUAAUUAAUUAGAAAAUAAUUUAAGUAUUAAUUAUAAAAAUGACAAUUUCGCGGACAGAAUUUUUAAAAAAUUUCUUAGUUUUUAUCAAGUAGAAGUUAAACGAAAUUUUUUGAAUAAAUUUAAACCUACAAAAUUUGAAAGUUUGAAUUUCCCAAUUCCCAUGAUUUUACGGAAAUUUAUUUAAAAAAUUUCCUUCAACUCCAAAUUGAUGACAACUUUGUAAUUUUUUAAAAUUCUAUCCCAGCGGAAUUGCAACUCCGUUGUCUUUUUUUUAAUGAAUGCUUCCAUUUUUUUUUAAUUAUCUAAUAAAAUUUUAAUAUUUUAAAAAGUGAGGGCUGUCUGACAAUGGUCUUAAUUAACUGAACAAAAAAACUUCAAACGAAUUACUAUAAUAAUAAUAAUAACAAUAAUAUUAGAUAAUUUUAUUUUUAAUGUAAUUUAAAAAAAAAACGAAUGUAGAAUUUAAUUACUAAUUAUUAUUUACCACGUUAUCAAAAGCUUGAAAAUAAUCUAUUACACGUUAUAUUUUAAUUACCUGACAUGUAAAUCCUUUUAUUCAAAGUAGAUAAGUUAAGUAGCGAUAAAAGAAAAAAAAUAAAAAAAAUAUUUGUACCUAAUUAUCAUGUACUUACCUUUUAUGUGGCAAGUACUUUUAAUUAAUUUAUUAAAAUAAUACACUUCUAUAUAUGAGCUCAUAUUUUAUUUUUCGGUAAUAAAAAAAUUUUUAAAAAAUAUAUUAUUAUAUAGAAAUAUAUAAGUUUUUAAAAUUUAAAAAAAAAACAACCCAUUAAACCAUUUUUGGAAGCUCAUUAAUUAAUUUAAGAUUUUUUUUAUACUUUAUUGCAAUUAAACAUCUGACAAAGCGGUUUUAAAUUAAUUACACUCAUUAUCAUUAUUAUUAUUAUUAAUAUUAUUUAUUUGUUCUUUAAUUAAAAACUUUCAAAACUUUAAUUCAUUUUUUCUACUUUCAAAUCUUGGCUAGUUGUCCGUUUAUUUUAUUACAGAUUUUUUUUUUCUAUAUAUAUAUAUAUUUUUAUUUGUGUAAAAAUCAACGCAUUUUUAUCUACACGUCGACAUUUUUAUCCUGGAAAUUAAUAUGUACUCUGGCAGACAUAUAGAAAUAUUAAUACCGCGGGUUUAAUUAAA